ACACGGUGCUUUGGGGUGUCGACGUGACGCUCGACAUUGACACGUCGCCGCGCACGCAGUACAAGGGAGUGCGCCGCAUGAAUCCCGUGGACAACUCGCCGCAGAUUUGGGACAUGGCCACUGCCACGGCGCGGCGUCGGCGCAUGGUCUCGUACCUCGUCGUGUUCAUCAUGGUCCUCGCGGUGCUGGUCGCGCUUGGCGGGCUCUUUUACCUAAAGCACCGCGCGACCAAGCUCUCGGACCCGACCGACGCACUGUGGGCGUCGGGCGGUGUCAGCGUUCUCAACUCGAUUCAAAUCAACGUCCUCAACAUGGUCUACCGACGUGUGGCGGAAAAACUCAACAACUGGGAGAAUCACCGGACGAGCGUCGAAUAUGAGAACCAUUUGAUCACCAAGGUGUUCCUCUUCCAGUUCUGCAACUCGUUUGCGGCUUUCUUCUACAUCGCCUACAUCAAGGCGUACGUUGGCGACGUGUGCUUGCACGACAGUUGUCUCAUGGAGCUCCGCGUCCAGCUCUUUGUGCUCUUCCUCCUCUCGACGAUCGUCAGCAACGCGCUCGAGAUCGCAAUGCCGUAUAUUUCAGCCAACUUUUACCGCUUCCUCGCGCGGACGCCAGAGACCAAGAACCUCAAGCGCAGCGAUCUCUCGGACGAAGAGACCCAAGCGCUCUGGGCGCCGUACGAAGAAGACGACGCGUUCGCCGACUACAACGAGAUGGCCGAGCGCACCAAGUACCGUCUCCAGACCUCCAACAAGCCCUUUAGCAGCGUCCACGCCGCCAAGCUCGCACGCAUCGCGGCUGCAUCCCCCGACGAGGACAAUGUGCUCCACGAGGCAAAAGCCCACUUGCUCACAACGCGUGGGCACACCAAGGGCAUCUCGAGCAAGAAUGAAGAGCAACCGACGGCACCCCUGACGCGUGCUGAAAGCCUCGGCGACGACGAGCCCGAGAUGGACCCGUGGCUCAUCUCGCGCGGAGCCGAGUACCAAGUCAAGCUCCACAAAGCCCUUGUAAUGUGGGGCCACAACGAAGCGGCCGACGGACUCUUCCCGCCCCCCGCGACCCCUCCCGAGUCACUGCACACGUCAGCAUGGCAGCGCUUCCGAAACGAGCUCAUUUAUGUCCCGCGCGAUCCGUACAACUACUUUGGGCUCUAUACGGCGUUCAAGAGCGACGCCAAGUUGCAGCCGUACUACCGACACCACCCAGCAUCGGCAACGGGCACCAGUGAAGACACGCUGUUUCGAUCUGUGGACCGUAUCCGCCUCGUGCACUCCAUCUUGGCCGAACACAUCAACUUUGACGCGCUCAAGGGCGCCACGUACUUCACCGACCUCUUUGCCUUGCACGACGAGGCAGCGCUCCAGCACUUGACAAAGAGCUGGGCGACAAACUGGCGGCUCACGCGGCAGCCGCUCGGUGAACUGCGCAACUACUUUGGCGAGAAGAUCGCGCUCUACUUUGCGUGGCUCGAGUUUUACACCAAGAGCCUCCUCUUGCCAGCGGUGAUUGGCAUCAUUAUCUACGUUCUAGACAUCCGCAACAUUGGCAACGUCGCUGCUGGCAAGAUCUUUUUCGCGGGGUUUAUCGUGGUCUGGUCGACGUUUUUUACGGAAUUUUGGAAGCGCAAAUCCGAAAUUUACACGGUACUUUGGGGCGUCGACGAGAGUCUCGACAUUGACUCGACGCCGCGCACGCAGUACAAGGGAGUGCGCCGCAUGAAUCCCAUCGACAACUCGCCGCAGAUUUGGGACAUGGCCACCGCCACGGCUCGGCGUCGGCGCAUGGUCUCGUACCUCGUCGUGCUCAUCAUGGUCCUCGCGGUGCUGGUCGCGCUUGGCGGGCUCUUUUACCUAAAGCACCUCGCGACCAAGCUCUCGGACCCGACCGACGCGCAAUGGGCAUCGGUGGGCGUCAGCGUUCUCAACUCGAUCCAAAUCAACAUUCUCAAUAUGGUCUACCGACGUGUGGCGGAAAAACUCAACCACUGGGAGAACCACCGGACGAGCGUUCAGUUUGAGAACCAUUUGAUCACCAAGGUGUUCCUCUUCCAGUUCUGCAACUCAUUUGCGUCCUUCUUCUACAUCGCCUACAUCAAAGCGUACAUCGGCGACGUGUGCUUGAACAACAGCUGCCUCAUCGAGCUCCGCGUCCAGCUCUUCGUGCUCUUCCUUCUCUCGACGAUCGUCAGCAACGCUCUCGAGAUCGCAAUGCCGUUUGUGUGGGCCUACGUUUACCGCUUCCUCGCGCGGACGCCGGCGACCAAGAAUCUCAAGCGCAGCGAUCUCUCGGACGAAGAGAUCCAAGCGCUCUGGGCGCCGUACGAAGAAGACGACGCGUUCGCCGACUACAACGAGAUGGUGAUUCAGUAUGGUUUUGUGACGCUGUUUGUGGUGGCCAUGCCGAUCACGCCAGCGAUGGCGCUCUUCAACAACGUUUUGGAAGCGCACGUAGACGCCUACAAGCUCUGCAAGGGCCAUCGACGUCCGUACCCGCACCGCGUCGCCAGCAUUGGCUCGUGGUAUUACUUUCUGUGUCUUAUGAACUACAUGGCGGUCGUGACCAACAUUGGCAUCAUUUUGUUCACAAAAGACCCGGACGACAAGUUUACGAGCAACACGUCGACGACAGCAAAGUGGAUCAUCUUUCUUAUCGCCGAGCACGUGUGUAUCUUGAUGAAGUCGGCCGUGGCCGCGGCCGUGCCCGACGUCCCGCGCGAGCUUGCGUACUUGCGGGACCGUCACAAGGACAUUGAAGCCACCGUCUUCCUCGGCCAAGUGCCCGAGACCAACGACGACGACGACCUCUCGCAACAAGCCGAGAAACUCAACUUGUGUAUUCACGCGACCGCGGCCGCGGCCAAGGCCAUGCCCGAGACCAAGCCUGCGCUCUAGCACGUCUCCCUGCGUUUCAUUUGUUACCUUCAAGAUCCAACAUUGCAUUGCAUAUUAUAUAGUCUACUAUUUUAGUCCUGUCCUUGGUCUCAACCACGAGCGACUCAUUCAGAGGCGUUGUGGCAAGUGCUCUCUGUGCUUAUAACGUCAAUCUCGACUGGUUGAGAUCUCUGGACUAGAUGCAUACAAUAUUCUACGUAUUCUUGUCGAC